AUGGCUCGAAGUUUUGUUCUGUGGCUUCAUGGUCUUGGUGACUCCGGUCCUGCCAAUGAACCUAUCAAAACGUUAUUCACUUCUCCUCAAUUCAGAAACACCAAAUGGUCCUUCCCUUCCGCACCUCACGUACCAGUCACUUGCAACUAUGGUUCUGUAAUGCCUUCAUGGUUUGACAUUCACGAGAUUCCUGUGACAGCUGAUUCUCCAAUGGACGAGACUGGUUUACUUAAAGCUGUUCAAAAAGUUCAUGCUACAAUUGACAAGGAAAUAGCUGCCGGCACAAACCCUAACAAUGUAUUUAUCUGUGGAUUCAGUCAAGGAGGUACAUUGACGUUGGCCAGUGUUCUGCUAUACCCUAAAACUUUAGGUGGAGGUGCUGUCUUUAGUGGUUGGGUUCCAUUUAAUUCGUCUAUUACUGAAAAAAUUACCCCCGAGGCUAAGCAGACACCCAUACUGUGGUCCCAUGGGCUGGUUGACAAAACAGUAUUGUUCGAGGCAGGACAAGCUGGUCCUCCGUUCCUUGAAAAACUUGGCGUCAGUUGUGAGUUUAAGGCUUAUCCUGGUCUUGCCCACUCCAUAAACAACGAGGAGCUGCGGGAUCUCGAAUCUUGGAUCAAGGCACGCCUACAAAGUUCUUCUUAA